UGGGUACCCUUCUUCUCCAAACACCCACUAAGCCAAUAGGGCCAUGAUGCUAUUCUCUCUUUGGCAAUUCUGCCUUCUUUCACUUUUGCUUUCUUAUGGUGUUGUUGAGCUUCAAGCUUCACACCAUGUCUAUAGCAACCUUCAAACUGCGCAGCUAACUUCAACACAUCCCAAAGCUAAUGACCCUUACAGAACUGGUUAUCAUUUCCAGCCUCCCCAGAACUGGAUCAAUGAUCCAAAUGGGCCACUGGUUUACAAGGGAAUUUACCAUCUUUUCUACCAGUACAAUCCCAAAGGUGUAGUUUGGGGUAACAUUGUUUGGGCACAUUCCACUUCAACUGACCUUGUCAACUGGAUUCCACAUGAAGCUGCUAUCUACCCAUCACAGCAGUCCGAUAUCAACGGAUGUUGGUCAGGGUCAGCUACAAUUCUUCCGGGAGGAACGCCGGCAAUGUUAUACACCGGAAUCAACCCCCAAAACCAACAAGUUCAAAACUUGGCAUUUCCUAAGAACCUCUCCGAUCCAUAUCUUAGAGAAUGGGUUAAGGUCCCACAAAACCCUCUAAUGGCUCCUACCCAAGUUAACCAAAUCAAUGCCAGCUCAUUUAGGGACCCAACCACUGCUUGGCUAGGGCCAGAUAAGAGAUGGAGGUUGAUCAUUGGAAGCAAAAGAGACCAAAGGGGAUUAGCUAUUCUCUACAGAAGUAAAGAUUUCAUACAUUGGACUAAGGCCAAACACCCUCUUCAUUCAACAAAUAAAAAUGGAAUGUGGGAGUGCCCAGAUUUCUUCCCUGUUUCAAAGACUAGCUCCCUCGGCCUUGAUACAUCAACAAUUGGUCCAACUGUUAAGCAUGUACUCAAGCUUAGCUUGGACAACACUAGGAAAGAGUACUACACAAUUGGUACAUAUAACAUAAGCAAGGAUAUCUAUAUCCCAGAUAAAGGAUCAGUAGAGAGUGAUCUUGGUCUGAGAUAUGAUUAUGGCAAGUUCUAUGCUUCAAAAACCUUCUUUGAUAGCUCUAAAAACCGCAGGAUUUUGUGGGGUUGGAUUAAUGAAUCCUCAAGUGUCAAUGGUGACAUCAAGAAAGGAUGGUCCGGAAUCCAGGCAAUUCCAAGGACCAUCGUGCUUGACAAGUCUGGGAAACAACUAGUGCAAUGGCCUGUAGUAGAGCUUGAAAAACUUAGAACAAAUGAGGUCAAAUUGCCAAACAAUAUGCUCAAGGGAGGAUCACUUCAUGAAGUACUUGGUGUCACAGCAUCACAGGCUGAUGUAGAAGUUGCGUUCGAGAUGAGUGAUUUAAAGAAAGCAGAAGUGUUGGAUCCAAGUUGGACUAAUGCACAACUUCUAUGUAGCAAAAAGGGUGUCUCAGUGAAAGGAAGUCUCGGGCCAUUUGGAUUUUUUGUUUUCUCUUCGAAAGACUUAAAAGAAAGCACAGCCGUGUUUUAUAGAAUUUUCAAGUCUCACAGAAAUUACAACAAAUAUGUGGUGCUUAUGUGCAGUGACCAAAGCAGGUCUUCUCUAAACCAAGAUAAUGAUAUGACAACAUACGGGGCGUUUGUAAAUGUGGAUCCUCUUCGUGAGAAAUUAACACUAAGAAGCUUGAUUGAUCACUCUAUAGUGGAGAGCUUUGGUGGGAAAGGAAAGGCGUGCAUAACAGCUAGGGUUUAUCCUACAUUGGCCGUUGGUGGUGAUACCCACUUAUAUGCUUUCAAUUAUGGAAGUGAGAAUGUCACAAUCUCAGGAAGUGCUUGGAGCUUAAAAACGGCUAAAAUCAAUUGAUUGAUUAAGAUUAUAAAAGUAGUGCAAAGUGUGGAGGAAGUAUUGAUUCUUGAAUGUGACACGACUAUAGUUGAUUACUAGAGUGAAAUAAACACUAAUGUGGGCCAAUUUUUGUGCUUGCAUUUUUUAAGAUCAAAGUCCAAUUAUAUGUGGAUUUUUGUCAUCUUAAUUGCUGAUAGUGUGUACUGUAUCUCAUUUCUCUUUCAA